AUGUCGUUGUCUUUGUUCAGCAAGUUUGUUUUACAGAAAUCACCAGGCAGACCGACGCUGGGGCUAGGACGGUUCAUAUCUUUGCCGUAUACUUCAUUGCUUAAACGGCCCGAUGCYCCCAGUUUAUAUGCACAUAGAUAUGUACAUAGUACACAAACGAAAAGCCAUUUAAACUUUAUAUUAAACAAUAAUGAUAUGAUUUCUUUCCAAAAAUUUACAGUGAAAAUACUAAAGGAGCAGUGCAAAUCAAGGGGGUUAAAGUUAUCUGGUCGCAAGUCCGAUCUAUUACAAAGACUUAUCACAUAUGAUUCCCGUUCACAUAUGAGAAGUAACGCAAAACCACAGAAUGAACCCCCCAGGAGUCUAUUUGUAGACAAACCAAUAAAAGUUAAUAGUACAUUGCUCAGURAAAAAAUCCCUAAAAUAAUUGACAAAAAGCAUUUCUCCAUGCAGAAAGUAUCUAAUGUCCAGUCUCCUUGCGAAGUUCAUCAACAUUUUCAGGAUGCAAACUUACAAUUAAGAGAUAGGAUUUUUUUAAUAGGAUUUGUUAUGGUAUCGUGUCUUUGGUGGAACCUCGAAGCUCAGGAAUCUAAACCUACCAUUGAUCACUAA